AUGGACUGCUUGAAUUUGACCGAUGAGACGGCAGCUGCCCGCCACCAUUACUCGGCUCAGACCUCGGCACUUCUGACCCUUCUAGUGGGCGUCCUCAUCCUGCUGACUGUCUUCGGUAACGUCAUGGUGGUCAUCGCUGUGACCACCAGCCGUACCCUCAGAGCCUCUCAGAAUUUAUUCUUGCUCUCUCUGGCGUGUGCAGACAUCCUGGUGGCCACAUCAGUGAUGCCCUUCUCAUUGGCCAAUGAACUGAUGGGCUACUGGUACUUUGGCAAGGUGUGGUGUGAAAUCUACCUGGCGUUGGAUGUGUUUUUCUGCACUUCAUCCAUCGUCCACCUGUGCGCCAUAAGCCUGGACCGAUACUGGUCCAUCACCCGAGCCGUCGAGUACAACCUACGUAGGACGCCGCACAGGAUCAAAUGUACUAUUCUCAUUGUUUGGGUGCUUGCCGCCAUGAUCUCAUUCCCGCCGCUAAUCACCAUGAAGAAGGACGAGGGUCAAAAGGAACGACCGGAGUGUCAAAUAAAUAAUGAGAAGUGGUACAUUGUCUUCUCCAGCAUUGCUUCCUUCUUUGCACCUUGCACCAUCAUGGUCCUAGUCUAUGUCAGGAUCUACCUGGUGGCCAAGCAGAGAACUAGAACCCCACCGGGUGAAAGGUCACGAGAAAAUGGACGGCAGUGUGAUGCAAAAUAUGACUUGGAGCGUGAGGAAGAUGGAGAAGUGCACGUGGUGGAAGCGGACGAAUCGUCAUCUGACGGCCACGAAUUAAGCUUGUGUUCCUUGAAAAAGUGGCGAGCCGGGCGGGGGGCCAAGCCCGUGGAAGCCACCAUGAGGUCUGAGGUGAACUCAGGUCGCUGGAAAGGAAGACAGCGCCGAGAGAGACACUUUACAUUCGUCUUGGCCGUAGUGGUCGGAGUGUUCGUCCUCUGCUGGCUCCCAUUCUUCUCUACAUACACACUUACGGCAGUGUGCAAGUGCUGCGUGCCUGAGACGCUCUUUAAGAUGUUCUUCUGGUUGGGAUACUGCAACAGCUCCCUCAACCCAGUCAUAUAUACCAUCUUUAAUCAUGAUUUCAGGAGAUCCUUUAAAAAAAUCCUCUGCAGGAAAACCCGUGGAGAUUUAUAA